CAUUGUUUUUCCGGCUGUUUCCAGGCAUCUCUCGAGUGUGGCAGAGGCAAAGCUGCGAUAAUUCACGCCGUCCGUCCAGAAAAUGCCAUAGUGCGUGUGCCAGAGGCUGUUAAACUGUGAAAGAGAGCAAUCAUGCCGAAAUUCCCGUCGCUGACGACAAUCCUGGGCGUCGUGUUCAUGUGCUACAUCGCGCACUCCAUUUGGGUGCUGGCGCAGAUCUUCUCGGCACCUGUUUGCACACGCCCGCCCUGCUUCACGUCCAUCCUGGCCAAGGAGGAGCUGCCCAAGCUGCAGAUGGCCCUGUUCACCUCCACGACUAAGAACCCCAUCACCACUGAGAUCACAGAAGUGGCCACAGUGAAGCCCUUCGACUUCAAGGAGUCUUUCUCACGGAAUCUGAACAUUGCUAUCCCGGCGAAGACGCGCAGGAACGGGACACUGUUCAUGCAUGUGGUGUUGGCCGUGGACGACGGCGAUCCGAUCGUGUGGAAUCGGCGCCGCGACGAUCUGGCUGUGAUCCACAGAAUCGCGCUCACGGAGCACGUGGUGCCGAAGCACUCGACGUUCAACCUCAUCACGGACGACGGCCAGGAGGCGGAGAAGAAGCCGCCGCAGCAGCGACCGGUGAGCCAUCUGCGGACGCGUGUGCACUUUGGCAUUCUGGCGGACAACAUCAGUCUGUCGCAGCACGACAUUCCAGCCGAGAUGUCUGGCCUGGUGCGCGUCACCAGGCACAACGAGUACCUGCCUGUGUUCCAGAGCGAUACGCUGAGGGACAGAUUUGACGAUUUGCUGCAGAUCAAGCGCGGAAUGGAGGCGUUCGAGCUGGAGAUCAUGUAUGCGCCGCUGGGAAUCGGCAAGUUCCGGCUGAUUGCGCACGUGAAUCACGCCAUGCGCUCGCUGGAGGCGCUGGGCUUCAGCAAGAAGGACAUUGACGAGGUGAAGGGCAUCUUCUCGGACACAAACGUGUACAUCCUGUGCGGCACGGUGUUCGUGGGCAGCAUUCACUUGCUCUUCGACUUCCUGGCCUUCAAGAAUGACGUGAACUUCUGGCGGCGCAAGCGCAACUACGCCGGCUUAUCGGUGCGCACGGUGCUGUGGCGCGGCUUCAGCCAGGUGAUCAUCCUGCUGCACCUGCUGGACGAGAAGACGUCCAUGAUCGUGCUGAUCCCCGUGGCCGUGGGCACGCUGAUCGAGCUGUGGAAGUGCAAGAAGAUCCUGCGCGUGGAGUUCAGCCUGCGGCGCGGCUUCACGGUGCGCCAGGAGACGGAGAAGCGCGUGGAGAGGCUGACGAAGGACUUCGACAAGCAGGCGAUGCGCUACCUGAGCUACCUCCUCUAUCCGCUGUGCGCGGCCGGGGCGCUGUACUCGCUGCUCUAUCAGUCGCACAAGAGCUGGUACUCGUGGGCCAUCAAUUCCAUGGUGAACGGCGUGUACGCGUUCGGCUUCCUCUUCAUGUUGCCGCAGCUCUUCAUCAACUACAAGCUCAAGUCCGUGGCCACGCUACCGUGGCGCUCGUUCAUGUACAAGGCCUUCAACACGUUCAUCAACGACAUCUUCGCCUUCAUCAUCACGAUGCCAACGGCCCAUCGGCUGGCGUGCUUCCGCGACGACGUCAUCUUCGUCAUCUACCUGUACCAGCGCUGGCUCUAUCCGGUGGACAAGAACCGCGUGGACACGUCUGAGCACAUGGACGAGUACGAGGAGGAGCGGCGGGACAAGAAGAGUGACUAGAGUAUUUGGCGCGCGUGUGUGAAUUCAAUUGAUCGAUUUGUUGGUCGGAAAUUAAGUAAUUUCCGGGAUUAUUAGCUUCACUUUGAAUAAAUUUACACCAAUGCA